AUGCCUCCCCAACUUCCUGUCAUAACCUUCGACGUAGAAGCCCUAAACCCUAGCAACCCAGCCUGGUUAUCUACAUCCCAUGUUGUUAGGCGAGCCCUUGAAGAAUACGGUUGUUUUGUCCUAUCUACCAAGAAAAUACCUUGGGAUCUUCGUGAGACCAUGUUCGAGCUCUCAAAAGACCUGUUUCUUCUUCCCAUCGAAACAAAGACUAAGAACUGUUCAAAGAUCCUCGGCUUCGGAUAUGGAAACUACUCGUCCCUGCCUCUUUUCGAAAGCUUCGGUAUUGAGGAUGGCGCUACGCUGGAAGCUACUCGAAGCUUCACCCAUCUCCUCUUUCCUUCUGGGAACGACGCUUUCUGCAAAACCGCAUUUGAGUACAUGACUCUGCUAUCCGAAAUCAUUCAUUGUGUUAUGAGAAUGGUCUUCGAUAGCUACGGGAUCGAAGACAAGCAAUUUGAGGGCUCGUUGUUCUAUUUAGCAAAAUUCAUGAAGUAUCGUGCACCCGUUCAAGGCGAAGGCCCAAUAGCUCUUCCUCCUCAUUCAUACAAAAGUUUCUUGGGUGUUUUAGAUGACAACGGUGUCAAAGGGUUCGAGGCCUGGAGCAACGGGAGGAUAUAUGCUCCAGUGCAUCAAGAAGCGAUGAGAACUUCAGCAAAAGGAGUGGUUAGGUAUUCGACAGGGCUAUUUUCGUUCAUGAAGGAGAUAGUGGAAGUUCCUGAGAAAUUUGUUGAUGAUGAAUAUCAGUUGCGAUUCAGGCCUUUUAAUAACAUGGAUUUUUUAGAGUAUGUAAACACGGAGGAGGGGAAGGCGUCUAAAUACGCCAUUGAAUCCUACUGUGGGGUCACAACUGUCGCUUCCAUUGACAGUUGA